AAGCUUUCCAUCGCUUUUUCCGCUCGACUAGGGUUGGAUCGCUCAAAGCAAGCUUUUCCGUUUUGCGAGACGAUGGUCCAACCAUCGCCUCUACACUUGUUGCUCGUCCUCAUCGUCCUCGUCGCAACCUUGCCGCUCUCUUCCACACAUCGGCCUCGUAAGUUCUUUGUCUAAGUUCAUGUUCCUGUUCCCUAUGAGCUCAUGCUUCUCGUUCAUUGCCAAGCAGUGCCCGACGAGAGCAAAACCAUCCAAGCACAAAUCACCAUCAACAGCACCGCGGAAGAGGUCCCUCGGAACAGAUCCAAGGAGCUGUCGAUGAUGGCUGGCUCGGCGCUCCCAGACUGCUCUCACGCCUGUGGCCCUUGCUCGCCGUGUCUCAGAGUUACCAUCAGCUUUAUGUGCCUCGAGUCGCGAGACUCGGAGGCUUGCCCUUCCACCUAUCGAUGUAUGUGCCACGGAAAAUCCUUCCCAGUCCCAUGACUUGAUCGCACAGACCG